GUGCUCACGUGAAGAUGGGAGAAGAAGGAAAGCGACGCAACGAGUCGUCCAACAAUGACAGGAGAAACAAGAGGCAGAAGAGGCAAUACAUUGGUGGGAGAGGAAGGGGGCAGUUCAAGGGAGGCAACACAAAGAACUAUGGUGCUCGCGCUAUCUUCGUCGAGUUCGAGAGACUCAGAAGCGCAGGAAUCAACGGGAUCCUCGUCUCAUGCGACAUUCGGUCUGAGAACCUGUGCAAGCAAGAGUGCAUCAUGGCGUUCACAGAGUUUGCGGAGAAGAGAUACCCCAAGAUCCACGAGGCUCUUCAGAAGCAAGAAGCGCCUGCCAGUGGACCUCGUGAUAUCGAGAAAGAGAUAGCGGCCGAGGCAGCGAGGGAGAAAAAGGACAGUCUGUUUUCUACUAUCAAGACGGAUGUGAAGGGGCUGGUCUUCGUUGAGUUUCAGAACAAGGAGAUGAACCCGCUAGAGAUCUGUCUAGAUUUUCUCAACGAGGUGAAGCAACAAAACCACAGCAAGACCAAGUACGCCGUGAGGAUAACGCCAGUGUUGGCAACUUGCUAUGCAAGCGAAGAAUGUAUUCUAAAGGCCGUCCAGCCGCUGAUUGAUGAGCAUCUGAGCGCUCAAGCUAAGGAGACACGAUACAGCAUUGUGUUUCGCAAGAGGAGUAACGAUGAUGUCGAGAGAAUCAAGAUCAUUGACAAGAUUGCUCAGCUUGUCGACAAGAAGCACAAAGUUGAUCUUUCGUCUCCCGAAGUCUGCAUCCUCGUGGACAUCUUGACCAACGCGUGCUGCCUCGGUAUUGCGCCCGACUACUUCAGCUUCAAGAAGUACAACAUCCACGAGCUUUUGGGGAUCGGUACUGCCAAACCCAAGGACUUCAUGACCGGGGGAAGAGUUGCGGCCCCGUCCAAGAAAGCGGAGGAGGCGGAGGCUGGUGAGGCAGGGCAAUCGGAAACCAAACAGGACGACACUUCUAAAGCGCAGGACGAGAAGGAGAAGAAAGAAUAAUUCACACGCCGAAAGCUUAACAAGGGAAAUAUUGCUUGUCUAGGACCAAGACGAGUUGCUUUU